ACUACGGUCUGGUGACUUCUGCUCAUUCUGCGACAGUCUUUGCUUUUUUUAAGAAAAAAACAAAACAAUUCUCCACAAAACACACCUUUUUUUCUUAUUUCACAUCGGUUUCUAGUGUUUUAUUUGAGAGUUCAUUCUUCAGGUGCGCGGACGAGCACUUUCUAUCAACUUUACUUGAUUUUCCGCACCCCCUACCUGCGGCUCUGCUCGGCUCCAGCAUGGACCUGCUCUGGGUCGCCAGCUUGGUCGUGAGCGUGUGCGCCUGGGUCGCGGCCGCGGAGCGGCACAGCGUCUACUGGAACAGCACCAACCCCAAGUUUCAGCGGGACAACUAUGCCGUGGAGGUGAAGCUCAACGACUACCUGGACAUCGUCUGCCCCCAUUACCCCCAGGGCGAGGUGCCCCUGCUCGACGCCGAGCGCUACGUGCUCUACAUGGUGGAGCGGGAGGACUACGAGUCCUGCAAACCACAGUCGUACGAGCAGAUGCGCUGGGAGUGCAGUCAUCCCUUCGCCCCUCAUGCACCCGAGAAGUUCUCUGAGAAAUUUCAGCGUUUUACUCCAUUUACUCUGGGAAAGGAGUUUCGUCAAGGAGAAAGCUACUAUUAUAUCUCCAAACCUUUACACCACCACGGCAAAGAGUGUCUUAGGCUCAAGGUGGACGUCGUUGCAGCUGACGGUUCCCAAGAGGCCAGGGUGGGUAAAGGGAGCGCUGGUGGAACUGGAGUGGGAGCAGCCGGGGGUGCUCACAACCCCUCCAACAGACUGCCUGCAGCAGACGACCCAGUGGCCAUCAUGCCAGAUGUCCUGAAGAGCGUACGGACAAACUCUGCAGUGGCGGCCGUAUCGCUCCCGGUCCUCGCAGUGCUACUGCCGUUGUCAUUACUGCUUUUGUUUCACUGAGAUUAUACGAAAGGACUUCUGUUGGCAGACUGCUUUUUUUCAGGGACUAUAAUGAAGACAGUCUGUGGGUUUGGAAACCACUGACAAAAAAAAAAAAUCCAUACCCAGUGCUGGCCACAGGGAAAAAAGACUUUUAAAAAGCUUGUAAAGUACACAUGAACUGAACUGGCUUGUGCAACAAGUUCUGAGUAACUUUGGAGGCAAAGUAUUGGAGCUUUGUCUUAUUUUUAACAAGGUGACAGUAUUCUUUAAUCAAAGACAAAUCUCUCUUUGAGACCACACCCCCCUUUGGAGGACGCAUCCCUUCAUAGGAAUAUGAAGAAGUUUAAGAAGAACCUAAAGUGGCUGAAGAACAAUCAAGACACGGACACCAACUCAACUAACUCUGAAAUAUACGUGGAUGGAGUGAAUCAGCAUUUAAAGGCGACAUAAACUCAACUCUUUUGAGCCAAAGAUCAGUCCUCUCUCCAAUCUGUACACUAUUCCACCCUUGAGUAUCGUGUACUACUUGUUUAAUCGUUAUCGUUAUUGAGUGGUGCUGUUGUUUGAAGUGAUUACUUUCUCUAAAUGUAGCAUUUAUAGACACAGGAGCUGUUCUCACGACUACAAUUCCUUUUGCAGACCACGUGCUUACACACUGCAGCACUAAUGAUGCACGCCGCAGACAACUACACACACACCACCAUAGCUGGACGUACAGAUACACACCCUGCAACACAUGAAAACACGUUACAUCACACACUACAUCAUGUUAUGUGUAUAUUCUGUGAAGAUAAUUUAUGACAUUUUGCAGCUGAGAGUUUUUACUGUACAUACCAUGUGCUCACAAAAUGAAAUGUUUACCGGAGGCGAUGGGGGAGGGCGGUUUCUAUCUCUCCCCUGGCGGGGGUUUUACUCGUGUAAAAGGGAAUAUGUGUGUAUUGAACUGUUAAUGGGGGCACGUGCCUGAGCUGUGGAGCAUCUGAUAGAGUUGAGGCAAAAUGUUCUCGUUUGCUUUUCUUGCCAAAAGGAAACACUGAGGUGUGUGUGUGUGUGUGUGUGUGUGUGUGUGUGUGUGUGUGUGUGUGUGUGUGUGUGUGUGUGUGUGUGUGUGUGUGUGUGUGUGUGUGUGUGUGUGUGUGUGUGUGUGUGUGUGUGUGUGUGUGUGUGUGUGUGUGUGUGUAGUACUCGAGUUGAGGGGGAUGAGGGGGGAUGGCAUCCCCCCCUGAAAUAAGAACGGUAAAAAUCAUCCCCCCUGUAAAACUGCCAUCCCCCCUUUCCAUCCCUUAUGUCAUUUCAUCAAUGAAUGUGGUUUUACUGCUAUUUCAAGAUUUAGAGUCAUCACCAGAAAAAUAACACCAGAAAAAUAACUUAUUUGACCAUUUUCACCUGUUUCAAGUAAAUCUUUCACUUGUUCAAUAAGUAGGAAAAUCUGCCAGUGGAACAAGAUUUAUCUUCUUAUUACAAGCAAUAAAAUCUUGUUCCACUGGCAGAUUUUUCUACUUAUUUUAAGUGAAAAUCUACUUGAAACAGGUGAAAAUUGUUGUUUUUUCCAGUGAUGAGUCUUGUUUUAAGUGUAAUGAGAUUUCUUUUACUAAAAUGAGACAUUUUCACUAGAAAUAAGACAAAUAUUCUUGUUAAGAUUGUGAGUUUUUGCAGUGAUCCAUUUUACUUAUCCUGUGAAGGACAGAGUCAUAUUGAUAAGUUCAGAAAAGUGUUUUUUAUUGUUGUGUUUUGAUGUAUUUGAUGUAAGCCCAGUUGAUAUUUAAAGCUUACAGAAGGCUGCAUUUAACUGCUGCUAUGUCAUUCCUGCAGUAUUUCUGCAGGUGUUUUGGUCACUGCUAUUAUUUGUAAUAUAUUAUAUUAUUUGUAAUCAGCACAAAUUAUCUGUCCCCAUAUGAUAAAAUCCACCAUCCCCCCCUGAUUCUUUUUUUUUUUUUUACAACUCGAGUACUGUGUGUGUGUGUGUGUGUGUGUCACAGAGAGGCAGGACUUCUCUGUUUGUUUGAUCGCCCCUGUAUUGGUUCAACUGUCUAACACGAAGAGCUGGUAUCAAGUCUUUCUUUUGUGCAGGCUUGAUUGGAAAACAAGCACAUACUUGUAAAAAAACCCAGUGAAGCAGUCAGCUGUUGAGUCUUACAUCGUUUAGAAACCGGCACCAGCUCAUGACAGACAAGACACAGCAUCAAACCGAGUUGCCAAGUUACAUGUUCACCUGACGGGCUGGCAGGAAGACAAAGCACAACCGUGUACGACUCCCGUUGAAGUCAGUCUCUUUUUUCUUUGUCUUUUUACCUGAAUUUUUGUUGCCUAAUUUUGUAUACAUGUAAAUAAGAAAAGUGUAUAAUAGGUGUAAAUGUAAAUGUAAAUAUAUAUAGAUUAUAUAAAAGACCAGUUUGAUAAAUGUGAAAAAUUUUCAUGUGAAAUAAAAAAAUAUUUUUCGA